GUUCAGAAGGAACUAUCAUGGCGGCCACAAAUAUUGGUAGAAAAUUGAAGUCGCCCGUCGCUCAAGAUGAAUGGACCGUGCGGGAAAAGUUGAUUUUGGCUUCUUCAGUUCUGCGCAGCGGGGAUCAAAAUUGGGUGUCAGUUAGUAGAACUGUCAAACCAAUCGCAGAGGCAGCGUCAGGUAUUAAGCCUCGACCACACGAGUUCUUCUCACAAAAGUGUUGUGCAUCCCAGUAUUCAGAUAUGUUGGAAAAGGUUGCAACACCAAAACGAAAAAGAACAAAUGAAACUGCCGGUACAGAAACUCCUGGAGAACAGAUUGUUAGAAUGUUAACAUUUGAAAGAGUUGAUGAGUUAAAGAAAGUGAUUAAAGCAGACCAGAUGAAAUAUAGGAAACUGAAGUCUGACAUUGAAAUAAUAAUGAGUGGAAAAUGGGAUGAAAGACUGCCAAUGAUAUUAGAAAGCUUACAGAAUCGAUCAAAACCUCAGUUGGACUCCACGCCAAGUUAUAGUCAUGUGCAGCAACGAGAAUCUUUGAAACCUCCUCAGUAUCCUCAAGCUUUGCAAACUUCAUCAUCACCACCAGUUUGUGGUGUUCAACAACCGUUAAAAAGUCCACCAUCACAAAAGAUGAAAAAUUUGCGAGUACCAAAACCCACAGAGAGGUUUCAGAAAUAUCAACAGCAGCAACAAGCGCGUCAACAUGGAUCAUCUCAAAGUCAGCAGCAACAACAACAAAAACAACAACAGCAGCAACAACAACAGCAACAACAACAACAACAACAACAGCAACAGCAGCAACAACAACAGCAAUAUCAACAACUGAAUACAAUAGAACUUCUAAAGAAGCAACAUCAGCAUCAGUUGCAACAACUGCUACAACAUAAGCAACAAUUGCAACAACAACAACAAUUUCCGCAACCUCAACUAGUUGGACAAAACACUACUCCCCUUGCCAAUGAAGCAAUGCAAAUCCAGGAGCAAACUUCACAACAGUUUUUUCGAUCAAACAGUCAACAAGAUGUAGUCUUAGCACAACAGCAGCAACCAGUGUCAGCACCUACUGUUCCGCAGAGCGUUCCUAGUGCUUCUGAGUCUGCUGCCAUCCCACAGUUGGCGGCUACUGUGAAGAUGGUUGCCAUGGAGAUGGAUGUUCAGAAAGAUGAACAAAUUGCCCAGACAAAAUCCAUUGUCAGUCCAACUUAUCCAGUUGUUAAAGACGAGGUCCCAGUACAGGAAAAAGUUGUUGACAAGAGUUUUUUAGCGCCAACGCAUAUCAGUAACGCAACGUCUGCAGGUUUGCUAUCUACAUUACUCACCACGCCUAUUAAUAAGAUGAAGCAAACUGCUGACACGAUGAAUCAGAAAGCGUUUCCUGAACCAGAGCGCAGUGAACCACCAAGUUUACCAAUGGCCGAAAGUCCACUUCCUUUUUUAGAUGGAAAUAACACAGCAAGUGAAUUACCAGUCUCACGAAUCGCUGGUUCUACAGCUUGUCAGGUUGCACCAACUUUAUCAAAGUUGUUAACAACCUCAAAUACGACUCCUAUAAAUGAAAGUCCGCAAAAUAAUACAGCUACAUCAACAUUACAGAACAAGAAAAAUGCCCCUACGACGAAAAAUGCAGAAUCGUGGCCUACACAAAGCAAUCCACCUCAAGAUGUAGCGAUAAAAAACAGGAAACUGUCCGAGACAGAAUCAUUAACUGAUGUCGUUUCAAUAAAGGAGCCAAUAUCAAAAGAACAAGUUGACAAAAGCUCGCAAGGACAGACACCUGUUACCGCCGCCAAAAUUUUACCCUCUAAUGAAGAAAUGAAACCAAAGCCUGAAAAAAGACGUCCAGGUCGCCCAAGAACAAAAAAACCACCAAAGGAAAAUGAAGAAGAAGGAAACGAGGAAAGCUCCAAAGAGAGUGCAAAGCCGCCUGACAUAAAAAUUGAGCAAGAAGAUGGCAAUGAACGAUUGAAAAAAAGUGAAGAUGAGAUGAAGAAGGAAGAAAAAGCUGAAAUCAAUGUUCAAAGUAGUCUUACUUCGGACUCCGUUCCUGACAGUCCAGCUUCGCAGAUAUCACAAAGUAGCAGUGAUGACCCUGAGUCUUUGCAAGCUCAAAAAAACUGGAGGAAAUCUAUAAUGCUUGUAUGGAGGGCGGCUGCUAACCACAAGUACGCCAACGUGUUUUUGCAUCCAGUAACUGACGAUGAAGCUCCUGGUUAUCAUAAUGUUGUCUACAGACCUAUGGAUUUGUUGACAAUCAAGAAGAACAUUGAAAGUGGGAUUAUACGAACAACAAGUAGUUUUCAACGCGACAUGAUGCUUAUGUUUCAAAAUGCAUUAAUGUAUAACAGUGCUGACCAUGAUGUGUAUCGUAUGGCUGAAGAAAUGAGAGAAGAUGUCAUGGAGCAAAUACAGUCAUACAUUGCUACUCAGUUGAUGGUUCAUUCAGACAGGGAAUCAAAGAUGUUACGAGGCCACAAAAGUGAUGUUUUCCAUUUUUCCCUCUAAAAUGGUGGACAAGAGAGAAAAGUUUAAGGUUAGGAAAACAAUUUCACUUUAAGGAGCUGAAGAGCAGUAAGUUAUAACUGGAAUUGUGUGGUAGACCAAACCUUUUUUGCAAUUAACUAUGAACAGUUUAAUAUUCUUGGGCUUUGCAUUACAAAUAAAACCAAAAUGGAAUUGAAACAUUUUUUGUGAAAAUACAAAAAACAACUUUCAAUAUUGUAAUAACAUAUUGAAACUAAAAAUAAAAACUAUGUACAUAUCAUCAAA